AUGCCCAAUUACUCCGUGCAAUUCCCUGAUCAAGAGUCUAUACUGCAUUCCUUCAUGCGCAAGUCUCCGGUUCGUGAUACAGACGCCUAUCCACAUGUCGCUGGGCCGGACACUAUGGUCAAUCUCGGGAAUUGGCGACAAUGGGAUAACGCAGGUCUGCACAUGCCAACCGCGACUCGCAGGCAAAAAUUAUGCACAUUGCAGGCGUCUCUCGUCAACCGUGUUCACUGUCGCAAUGGAGAAGCGUAUUCGAGCAAUAGCAAUCGUGCUGUCUAUGCACGUCCGCGACGCCUUUACCUCAAAGUCCUGACUUCAUCAAAGAUGUGGCGCACAUGA